GUCGGCCGCUUCCUGGGCUCGGCUGCCAGGACCGCUGCCAAGCGCGCCAUCCCCGCCCCGCCGCCGGCCCCCGGUGCGCCCGGCCUCCCGCGCCCCCCAGGAUGCUGUCCAACCUGAACGAGUGGCUGUGGCAGGAGCGGUUCUGGCUGCCGCCCAACAACUCCUGGGCACAACUGGAGGACCGCGACGGCCUGGUCUAUGCCCACCCGCGGGACCUGCUGGCCUCCCUGCCCCUGGCGCUGGCCCUGGUGGUCGUGCGCAUCGUCUUUGAGAGGUUCGUGGGCCUGCCCCUGAGCCGGUGGCUAGGGGUGCGGGAUCGGAGCAGGAGGCAGGUGAGGCCCAAUGCUGUGCUGGAGAAGCACUUCCUGGUGGAAGGACCGAGACCCGAGGAGUCCCAGCUGGCCCUCCUAGCCGCCCAGUGUGGCCUCACUCUACGGCAGACUCAACGCUGGUUCCGGGUGCGCCGGAACCAGGACCGGCCCUGCCUCACCCAGAAGUUCUGUGAGGCCAGCUGGAGGUUCGUCUUCUAUCUGUGCUCCUUCGUCGGGGGCGCCUGUGUCCUGUACCACGAGUCAUGGCUGUGGGCGCCAGUGAAUUGCUGGGACAAUUACCCUGAACAGGCCCUGAAGCCGGCCCUGUACUGGUGGUACCUCCUGGAGCUGAGCUUCUACAUCUCACUGGUGAUAACGCUGCCCUUCGACAUCAGGCGCAAGGAUUUCAAAGAGCAGGUGGUGCAUCACUUCGUGACCAUCCUCCUGAUCACCUUCUCCUAUAGCGCCAACCUGCUGCGCAUCGGCUCGCUGGUACUGCUGCUGCACGACGCCUCCGACUACCUGCUGGAGGCCUGCAAGAUGUUCAACUACACCCGCUUCCGGCUGGCGUGUGACACACUCUUCUUGGUCUUCUCCCUGGUCUUCUUCUACACGCGUCUCGUGCUCUUCCCCACCCAGAUCCUCUACACCACGUACUACGAGUCCAUCAUCAACAGGGGCCCCUUCUUCGGCUACUACUUCUUCAACGCGCUGCUGGGGCUGCUGCAGCUGCUGCACGUGUUCUGGUCCUGCCUCAUUCUGCGCAUGCUCUACAGCUUCACUCGGAAGGGCCAGAUGGAGAAGGACAUCCGCAGCGACGUGGAGGAGACGGACUCCAGCGAGGGCGAGCCGGACGCCGAACACCCGCCGCUCAAGAACGGCGCUGUUCGAGGGCCCAGGGCCGCCCCCGAGGACGCCGAGGGCCCACGGAGCCGGGCAGCCGGGCGCCUGGCCAACGGGCACACGCCGGCCACGUAACCCUCCGGGGACCGGCCCUGCCCUGUUGGAGGGUGGCUGGGCCGCGGCCCACGGGCCAGCUGCUGGGAGACAGGGAGGGCCGCGCCCAGGCUGGGCGCCAGGGCUGAUGAUCUGUCUCCGACCCCAGGGCUGCAGCCUUGGGGGGCUGCGGGGAGCCCUGGCGGAAAGGGGUCCAAUAAAAUUUGAACCUGAGCCGA